AUGUCUCGCGAAGGCUCGAUAGAGAAGGGAUCCCUGUCAACCGCAGCGGGGAAAGAAGACUUUGAUACGCCGGAGGACAGGAAACUACUCCGAAAGGUUGAUUUUCGGCUGUUACCGAUUUUAACCUUCCUGUACCUGCUAAGUUUCUUGGACAGAUCUAAUAUUGGAAAUGCCAAAAUCAUAGGCCUUGUCGAGGACCUCAAAAUUUCACCGCCCGAGUACAACACUGCAUUGGCGCUCUACUUCGUAGCCUAUGUAAUCUUCGAGGUUCCCGCUAACAUUGUGUACGCAUCUUUCCACGCUGUUCGCCAUUUAGUCCUCAACCUAUCUCUAUUCAGGCUAAAGCGUUUCAAUCCUCAAGUCUGGCUUCCAACUUUAACUUUCGCUUGGGGAACAGUCACUGUUUUCCAGGGAUUCGUGACAAACAAGGCUUCCCUAUUCGCCGUUCGCUUUUUACUUGGUAUAACCGAGGCCGGUUUAUUCCCGGGCGUCAUCUAUGUCUUCUCCGUCUAUUACAGGAGGCAUGAACGUAGCUGGCGUGUUGCAAUCUUUUUCGGUGGUGCUGCACUGGCGGGUGCCUUCGGAGGCAUUCUUGCGUAUGCAAUUGGCAAGAUGGAAGGUAUCGGCGGCAAGCGAGGAUGGGCUUGGAUCUUCAUCAUAGAAGGAUUGCUCACGGUCGUCUCUGCGGUUUUCGCUUACUUCGUCGUCCCAACGUGGUCCCACAACGCCAAAUUUUUGACGACCUCCGAAAAGGAACGUCUCUUGGCACGAUUGGAUGCAGAUUCUGACGCUGCACUGAUUGAGAAGUUCGAAUGGACUUACGUUAAACAAGCUAUGAAGGACCACCUAGUUUGGGGAUACGCUUUGCUCUUCCACGGAUUUGCCUUCGUCCUGUACUCGCUGAGUUUGUUCAUGCCUACCAUCAUCGCAGACUUGGGAUUCGCCAGUUGGCAGGCACAACUUCUCGCCAGUAUAUCCAUCUGGGCCACCGUUUGGGUAUCCGCCCGGGUUAACAAGAGAGCCCCCUUCAUCAUCGGAUCUGCUUUCGUUGCAAUCCUCGGGUAUAUCAUCCUUCUGACAACGAAGACUGCCGGAGCACAAUACGUUGGUGUCCAUUUCGCUGCAGCAGGGGUUUAUACCGGAAAUGCCCUCCUACUUAGUUGGCCUGGCGAGAAUGUAUCCGCCCAGACGAAGCGCGCCAUCGCAGUCGCGAUGCAGAUCACAAUUGGCGAUAUCGGAGCAAUUGCUGGGCAAGUCUCUCCUGGAUGGCUAAUCCUCGCGGGGAACAAUUUCAGAACUCCACAUAUCAUCUCCAUCGGUUAUCUUCUCUUCUCGAUCCUGGUCACCGUUUACUUGGCAAUCUGGAUGAGCAAGGAGAACAGGCGACGAGACAGACUACUCAAGGAAAUGAAAGAUGGCGACCUGCGUCCUUCGACACCAGAGGAGCGGCUGCGACUGGGAGACCGACAUAUCACCUACCGAUACGUCUAUUAG